AUUACUUUCUCGUAAACAAUUUUUUGAAUAACUAUUCUCCUAUUCAAUUAAAUUUGUUAUAUAAUGAAUUAAAACAUAAAAUAUAUUGAAACUUACUUUUUAAUUAUACUAUAAGGAAGAGAAAUUGUACAGGAUAAAAAUAUGUCUCAAAAUAAUAGCGAUAACAUAAAUAUAGACAGGAAAAACGAUUCAGAAAGCAGUACAAAUGGUGAAGAAGCAUCACCAACGAUUGAUCCCACAGAAAAAUGGCUUAUAAGGGAUUGUGAAAUUUAUGAAGAUGAAUAUGAUGACUGUACCAGUUUUAGAGCAAGAUUUCAUCAGUACUUUAUUCAUGGUGAAUCACUUGAUUGCAAUCAAUGGAAGAAGGAUUAUGUGAAUUGUUGCAAAUGGGUCAAGGAUAACGACACAAAGGCGGCUGAUGCAUUAAUCAAAAGUGAAAAGAUCCGUCGUUUGAAACGAUUAACAGCACACUAUCAAAAUGAUACUUGGAAGAAGAGAGAGUCACCGCCUACUGAUUGGGAGAAACCUUUGCCAGAAUGGAUGAUUAAGAGAGACCAGAAUACAUACCUCGCACAAAAGGCACAAGAAAUGAGAGAAGGGAAACUCGAUGACGAUAAAAGUUUAUGUGUUAUCAUGUAGUAUAAUUGCAUUAUUUAUUGUAAAAUUGUUUCCUAUCUUAGCAAGAACAUUGACCAAACAAUAUUGAUGUUGACUUAGUUUUGUUAGAUAAAGCUACAUAAAUGUAACUGCCAGUUGUGUACAAAGUUUAUUUAUAAAAGAAUAAAUAUAAGAUGUAGGUAA